AUGGGUUCUGUUCUAAGAGAGUUCUCUGCUUCGCCUCAAAGAGUAGUCUUCAAGGGGCUACUUUUUGAUAUGGAUGGUACUAUCAUUGAUAGUACUGAUGCUAUCGUUAAACAUUGGCAUAAAUUAGGAGAGGAAAUAGGAGUAGAUCCUAAUGUGAUUUUACAGACAAGUCAUGGAAGAAGAAGUAUUGAUGUCUUGAGAAUUAUUGCUCCAGAAAAAGCAAAUUGGGAAUAUAUAAAACACAUGGAAGGACUCCUCCCAAAACUCUACGGCGAUGACGCCGUCGAAAUCCCAGGAGCUCGCUCCCUCCUCGACUCGCUAAUUACCGGCGCCCACCCCUGGGCCAUCGUAACAUCCGGCACCUCACCACUCGUAACCGGUUGGCUCAACGUCCUCAACCUACCUAUCCCCGAGCAUCUCAUCUCAGCCGAAGAUGUUCCCAACGGAAAACCCGACCCAGCCUGCUACAACCUAGGCAAACUCAAACUAAACCUCCACACCACCCCCCUCAACUCCAUCCUCGUCUUCGAAGACAGCCCCGCCGGGAUCCAGGCCGGUAAAGCCGCCGGCUGCAAAGUUCUCGCCGUAGUUACCACGCACACCAUCGAGCAAGUACUUGAAGCCGGCGCCGACUGGGUUGUGCAAGAUUUAUCCAGCGUGAAAGUUAUUGCUAGAACUGACGGGUCGGAUGGUGCUGGUGUUGAAUUAGAAAUCUCUAAUGCUUUGGUUUAA